CGCUACCGCCGCAGCGCCUCGCCGCGCUCCGCCGGGGCCCGAAACAAAGCCAAGCAGCACAGCAACAGCAUGGGCGGCCCCACCGCGAACACGACCGACGUCACGUCCGAGAACGUCCACGGCACGAACCCGCAGAGAAUAGUUGAGAAAAUUUUGAGGACGAAAGUCUACGCGACGCAGUACUGGAAGGAAAGUUGUUUUGGCCUGACCGCGGAGACGUUGGUGGAUCGAGCUAUUGAGUUAUCCCAUGUGGGAGGCACGUACGGCGGCACGAGAAAACCGACCAAAUUCAUGUGCUUACUCCUGAAGAUGCUGCAGAUCCAGCCCGAUUUGGAGAUCGUCGUCGAGUUUGUGACCAAUGAGGACUACAAAUAUGUACGAGCAUUGGGUGCGUUGUACCUGCGCUGCGUCGGCCGGCCGGCGGACAUUUAUCGCUAUUUGGAACCGUUGUAUACGGACUACUCGAAGCUGCGAGUGCGGACGUUCGAAGGGUGGCACAUCACUCAUUUAGAUCAAUUUAUUGAUGAAUUGCUGACCGAGGACUACGCGUGCGACAUUGCGUUACCACACUUGCCGAAACGAUGGCAUUUGGAGAAAGCAGGGCAGCUCGGUCCUCGGGUGAACUCUGCCGCGGGCUUGGACGGUGACGAGGAAGUUUCUGAAGAGGAGGAAGAAGUGGUCCAAGAGGAGGCGAUCGUCGGGCGGCUGAAAAUGAAGGGUGGUUCUUCUAAGAAAAGGCGGCGCGAGGAGGAAGCAGCACCGGCGCAGGACGAGGAUCGGGUCGCGGACGGCCACGACCUGGACAUCGAGGCGACGAAUGCUCUGAGAGCCAAAUUAGGCCUGAAGCCCCUAAGAACAUAG